AUGACCAGGUCGCUGUCUGAGAACUCGCUGGCGAAGUAUGGUCAGAAGCAUGAGGUUCUGGGAAGAGGCGCUAAUGCCGUCGUGAGACUUUGUUGUCCGGCGAAUGGCGGGUCUAAAAAGCUCGCUGUCAAGGAGUUCCGAAAGCGGCGGAAGAACGAGACGCAGAAAGAGUACAUCAAAAAGCUCAUUGCGGAAUUCUGCAUCAGUUCUACCCUUCACCACGAGAACGUCGUAUCAACAGUAGACCUGAUCCAGGAUGAGAAACAUCACUGGUGUGUCGUUAUGGAGUACUGUGCCGGAGGAGAUCUUUUCGGCAGGAUUCACUGCGGAACACUGAAGGAAUCGGGUGAAGUCAACUGCUACCUGAAGCAACUGGUUCAGGGAGUGCAGUAUCUUCACUCGAUGGGCGUUGCUCACCGUGAUCUCAAGCCAGAAAACCUUCUCCUCGACAAAGCUGGCAAGAUCCUCAAAAUCACCGACUUUGGGGUCUCGGAAGUCUUUCGCAACCCCUUCUGCACUCUGGCGCGAAAAGCCAAGGGUCUCUGCGGCUCCGGACCUUACAUCGCCCCUGAAGAGUUUGAGAGUGGGGAGUAUGAUUCCGAGAAGGUCGACGUGUGGUCUGUCGGUAUCAUCUAUUACGUGAUGGUGUACAACUCCAUCCCUUGGAAGGCCGCGACCAUGAGCGAUGCUCGUUACAAACACUUCGUAGAACACAAGGGUCAGUUUUGGCCAUUCGAUCGGAUGCAGGCCGGUCCCAGGCGUUUGAUGUACCGCAUCCUGGACCCCAACCCAGCGACGCGCAUCACCAUCAAGGAAAUCGAAGAAGACGAAUGGUUCAAAUCCCUGAGCGUAUGUCACGAGGACACCACCUCGGAGAUGGCCGGACAUCAGCAUGUGGGCAACCCCAAACCGUUCAAAUAA